GCAAUGGAACGACGUAUUUGGUUGGCUAAUGCGCACAAGAUCCGGGUGGUGCUCCAUGUGGUGGCCAGUGCGAAUCUUGGCUAUGCGCUGUACUACGACUAUAUGUAUGUGGAGCUGCCGGCGCUGGCCGUGGAGCUGCGGCUGGAACCACCCAUGGGUGGAAAGUUCAAGUACCUGACCUUUCUCACCGGAUUGCUGCAGACCGGAUACUAUCUGCUAGCGUUGGGACAGGAUUUGUGCCGACUGCGUGCAUUGCGACAAUUGCGGGACUAUCUGCUGGCCAGCUUUGUGGUGCCGCUGGCAUUGACGGUGAGUGUGACCUUCUGGACGCUGUGCGCCAUAAAUCGCGAAUCGAUCUAUCCCCCGUUCCUGGAUGUGGUCUAUCCAAAGUGGCUUAACCGGACCAUGCACUGUUAUGUGGUGAUCUAUGCGCUGCUGGAGCUCUGCACCACAGCUCAUCGUUACCCGAAACGGGGCAAGGGAUACGCUGGACUGGCUGCAGUCAUGGGCUGCUAUCUGAUUUGGCUGCAUCUGGUGCAUUACUGGACGGGCAUCUGGAUCUAUCCCUUUCUGGACGCACUUGUCGGUCCGCUGCGCCUGUGCUUCUUUGCCCUGAUCGUGGCACUGUCCUUUGGCUAUUACAGGCUGGGCGAACAUGUGAACUGUGUGCUCUGGGACAAUGGGCGCUAAGGACUAGAAUUCGCCCAACGUAAUAAAGCAAUUUCCGCUUCUCCAA